GUUAAAUAAAAGAAUAAAUAAAUAUUCUAUUAUCCAAACAAAAUGAUAGAACAGAAUAUGGAACAUGAAGUUUGUGUGAAUAUGCUAUUCAUGCACUUAUUGUUUCUUAUAUGCCUCUCUUACUUCAUUAUCCUCUUAUUGACAACAUUUUAAAACAACUACAAUUCAUUUCAUUGCAUAUAAAUUAGUGUCACAUGAAACUCAAAACAACAUUCACAAAUGGAAACUAAUGUUUUCAGGCAGAACAGAAUUUCAACACUAACUUCAACAACUCACUACAACCUCAUCAAACAUCCACCUUCUAUAGUUUCUGUGCUCAGAAAGCCUUCAAAUCAUGACAUUACAGAAGAAACAGCAAAAAGUGUCUACAAAGAUAACUGGUUUGAUCUGAUAGCAAUAAACCAUUUAUCAAAAACAGUUCAAGCUGCCACAGGACUCAGAAACAAUAAGAGUGGCUAUGAGAGCCUUGUUGAGGCAGCUACUAUGGCAAAACAGAAAUUUAAUGCUAUUCAACAACAAGAGGUUACCAUUCAAGCGCUUGAUAAACUCUUCCCACAGUUUGUAUUUGCAUUGAUAAAGAAGCAGCCACUACCACCUAAAUUCACAAGGGAAUUUUUUGCACUUAUCACCACUAUGUUCUUUACUUGGUUACUUGGGCCCUCCGAGGUAAGAGAAUCUGAGAUCAAUGGGAGAAUAGAAAGAAAUGCAGUCUACAUAAAAAAAUGCAGGUUUUUGGAGGAGACAAAUUGUGUAGGGAUGUGCGUUAAUAUGUGCAAACUUCCAACUCAAUCGUUUAUAAAGAACACCCUGGGUAUGCCAGUCAACAUGGUACCAAAUUUUGAUGACAUGAGUUGUGAGAUGAUAUUUGGGCAGGAUCCUCCAGCAUCAAUUGAUGAUCCAUCACUGAAGCAACCAUGCUAUAAACAAUGCAAGGUAUAUAGAAGUCAUGGAGCAGACUGCCUCUAGAGGGUAUGGAUGGAAGAAGUCACUCUACUAAGUUACUAACCACUAACAAUUACAUGUUUAUAUUUUCUUCUUCUUUGGGGAUAUUAACUUGCUUAUCUACAAUUUUCUGUAGAAAAUUAGUGUUGGUGUGAGCUGUCCUUUACAAGAUUGUAGGAGAUAUUUUUGGAGAUAUAGUUAGUAAUUAUUAAUUACUCCGUUUUUGGUUAUAUUAGAAAUAUUGUUUUAGAUGUAUAUAUAACCUUAUUCAUCUUCUGUAACAUUAACCGAAAAUAGAAUGAGAAAUACUGAUAUAUCAGUUUGACA